AGUAUUUACAAUAUGUCUCUUGUUUUUCCACUACUAUAAAUUCAGCCAUUUUCAUCUCUACAAAAGCAGGUUGCUUACUUAAAGAGUAAUUAUCUACUUCAUAAACAAAAGAUAGUUAAAAAAAAUAUCCAAAAGCAACAAGCAAUGGCAAGCAAUGGAGAAAAUGGAAGGCACCAAGAAGUUGGACACAAGAGUCUCUUGCAAAGCGAUGCCCUUUAUCAGUACAUUCUUGAAACAAGCGUGUAUCCAAGAGAGCCUGCACCCAUGAAAGAGCUAAGAGAGAUUACUGCAAAACACCCUUGGAACCUUAUGACCACCUCCGCCGAUGAAGGACAAUUCUUGAAUAUGCUUCUUAAACUCAUCAAUGCCAAGAACACUAUGGAGAUUGGUGUUUUUACUGGUUACUCUCUGCUUGCUACUGCCAUGGCUCUUCCUGAUGAUGGCAAAAUUUUAGCCAUGGAUAUCAAUCGGGAGAACUAUGAGAUUGGUCUUCCAGUCAUUGAAAAGGCUGGAUUAGCACACAAAAUUGAAUUCAGAGAAGGCCCUGCACUUCCCGUGCUUGACCAAAUGAUUGAAGACGGAAAUUAUCAUGGAUCUUAUGAUUUCAUAUUUGUGGACGCUGACAAGGACAAUUACUUGAACUAUCACAAGAGAUUAAUCGACCUGGUGAAGGUUGGUGGACUGAUUGGCUAUGACAAUACCCUAUGGAAUGGAUCAGUAGUGGCGCCACCUGAUGCACCCCUCAGAAAAUAUGUUAGGUAUUAUAGGGAUUUCGUAUUGGAACUCAACAAGGCCUUGGCUGCUGAUCCCAGAAUCGAAAUCUGUCAGCUUCCUGUAGGUGAUGGCAUCACCCUUUGCCGGCGCAUCAGUUAAAAUUUACAGUGCUACUGAUUGAAAACAAGAGUGGAAGGCAUGACACUGGCCUACCUCAUGGCAAUGGAGGAUUUAUUAUUUUUGAAAUUCCCUUAUUUCGAAUCAUUCAUUAUUUUUAUCUUUUAUUUCAAAUCCUGUCUUUUCUGGCCAAGGGUCAAUGUCUAUGAUGUACCUACUGAUUAAUUUUUCUAUGUAUUUUCAUAAAUUUUAAAAAGGUUUCAACA